UUAUAUAACACUGGAAAUCACUUGUUAGUCUACAGUGAAUUACCAAGCAGUCUACUGUCAGUGAGUCUUCAUCAUCGGAUCGUAGUCAUAUUAAUUCAACAACAAUGCCGAGUUAUAAAUUAGUGUAUUUCAAUGUGAUGGGACUGGGCGAGCCCAUCAGGUUUCUCCUCAGCUACGGUGGAGCCGAAUUCAAAGAUGUUCGCGUUGAACAUUCCUCUGACGAGUGGAUCAAAAUGAAGCCAACGCUCCCAUUCGGUCAGUUGCCCGUAUUGGAAAUCGACGGCAAAGUUUACUCGCAAACGUUGCCUAUUUGCCGAUACCUGGCCAAACAGUUUAAUCUGCUGGGUAAAACCGAUUUGGACACGCUGCAGAUCGACGAGAUCGCGAUGGCUCUUCACGAUUUCCGGCGCUUGACGGUAUCGAAUUAUUUUAGAGAGCAGGAUCCGAUUUUGAAAGCCAAGAAAAAGAUUGACGUAAUGGAGAACGUGAUACCAUUCUACUUGAACAAAUUCGAAGAACGCGUGAAGAACAACGACGGAUAUUUGCACGGUGGUCAACUGAGUUACGCCGAUCUGUUUUUCGCUGCUAUUUCGGAUUCGUUGACGACGGCGUACGAAGCGGAGAUCACGAAGGACCAUCCGCAUUUGAAGUGCCUGAAGGAGAAGAUUUUGGCAAUUCCUAAUAUCAAGGCUUGGCUGGAGAAAAGACCAAAGUUAGACUUUUAAUAGCCUUUGAUUGAAAUUUUGUACUGUAUAAAUAAAGAUCGUUGCAUUCAUUGAAAGCAA